AUGUCGGGUCAAAGAAAGCGGCGGUCAAUUUAUUCGUGUCUGAGUUGCCAUCAGCGCAAGACAAAGUGUGAUCGUGCAAAGCCGUGUAAUACUUGCGUGCGUCUGGGGAUUGCAUCUGGUUGUGAAUACGGCAUGAGCAGCCAGGACCGUGAAUUUAUCCAGAAGUCAGAAGUGAUCGAACGGCUCCGGCAGCGUCACCGGCAGCUUGAAAAGCAGUUGCGGGAGUUACGCGCGGCUGGCGGUGCCAGUUCCCAACGUUUGAUUGCGGCCAAUGGCUGUCAGGAUACGAUGUCGUUUACGAGUUCGGCUCCCAGCUCCGUCAGCAGCGCUGAAGAUACGCCUUCCCCUAGUGCGAUAAUCCCUUUCAAGCCCAUAUCACCGAUAUCGAUGCAAAACCCCGAAGUCCAACCAUUACAGAAUUCUCAAGCUGAGGGCCAGUUUGAUUCGGAGCGUCUCGUUCAACAGUUUCUUGCCGAAUUUUGUCCUCGGCAAGCUUCUAUACAAUCCUUUCCGUCCAAUCUGCUCUUAGAGGCAUCAAAGAUGCGCAGAACUUCUCCUCCUCUUGAAUACACCUUGGACGCUGCUGCUCUCACAUGGGGUGGUCGUCGUUUCAAGAACCGGAAUUUGGAGAUUGCAGGUUGGAAUCAGUAUCAAAGAGCAUUGCAACUAGUUCGACAAGCAAUUCAAGAUCCAGAGUCCUCACUCUCGUUAGAUAUCUUGGUCUCCAUCUUGUUCUUCGUCAUUAUCGAGUGUCUUAAACACUCGUCCAAAUCCUCCGCACGCAGCCACCUUUUCGGCGCCUUGACACUUUUACAACACCGGACAGCAUACCGACAUAGGAUAGACUUGGAACGGUCAAUCUAUGUGGAGCUUCGACUAUACUGGGUCAACGUCGCUAUCUGGGAGCGUCAGCCUACAUUCCUAGCUGAUGAGGAGUGGUUGACUGUCCCUUGGAUGGAUGGACAGCAGAAAGAUAUUCUCCAGCAUCUCCUCGAUAUAGCCGUGCAUAUCCCGGCAUACGUUGCUCAAGUAAACGAUGUGACCCAGCAGUCUGUGGCUGGCAUUCUCUCCUCCGCCGAAAUCAACUCAGAACAAAUCAAGCUCAUGAAAAAAGCCACGGAACUCGAUCAGCGCUUGGAAGAGUGGAAACGAGUUCAUGCUGAUCCCUAUCCCCCGGGGUCCCCAAGAGAGGUCAUCGGCACCAGUGACGACAACUUUCCUCUGUUUCGGUACUACGAUUCCUCAACUAAGACGAUUGUCCAGUUGUCGAAUAUUGUCUAUCCUGACAUGCUCUCGGCCACUGCGCUCGUCUACUACUGGACGUAUCGGCUCAUAUUGACUCUUCGAAUUCCCGGGGUCGACUGUCCGCAGCGAAGUCAGCCGUAUUUCUUCGCCAGGCAAAUCUGUCGCAGUAUGAAAUAUCACAUUCUCGUGGGGUCUGGCUUGUUUUCCUGCCAGGCAAUCUUCGCCUUGCGACUGGCCUCCAAUAUGUUCCCGCCCGACAGUCUAGAAAGUCUGUUCACCGAUGAAAUGUGGCACAUGUUCGAGCAACGCUUUGGGUUCCAGGGCCUCAAGGAGCUCUAUCCCCCAAUCCUUGGCUACGUUUAGAUAUCAAUAAUUUUACCUAAAUUCUCCCUUUACUUUGUGCCCAAAAGGAAUGAUGGUUCAUAACGUUUUCCUUUUUCUAGGUAGUCUUCACCAUGUCCGGGAUCUGAGUAGUGGUGACUCAACUAUUAUUUUGGGUACUAUUGUUUCUUUGUACUUCAACAAUAAGGGUAGAUCAAAAAAGCAAUAAGUUGUCUGUUCUGGUUGCCUUGCAGUAAGUGACGAUCUGUUAC